AUCUCAUAAUUUUAAUCAAUUAUGUUUUCAGCAACCCAAUAAAAGUUGACAUUGACAGUUUUGGUGACAGUAAUUAAAUAUUUGAUAGUGAUCAUUGUUCAUUAGCGUUCGAACAACCGGCCCUUAAUGUAUUUUUUCAAAAAACAGUAAACAAAUCCGCUGUUUUUAAGUGUAUUUCCUUGUGGCGUAUAAAGUACGCCACGCGUGUAGUUAUUUUAUAACUUGAGCGGGUAGUUAAAUCUUAAAUCUUUAAAGGUUAAAUCUUAAAUCUUUAAAGGUUAAAUCUUAAAUCCGAAUGUCCUAAUUGAAACGCCUAUGUGUGACAUGGCCGCACAUGCGCACUAGCGCAGUUUAAUCAUAGAUUAAUAAUAUAGUAUUACCGGACAGUUUAAUCUUCAUCUUCAUCCAUCAGCAUCAGGUAUCAGCUCAGCUGUGAUAUUUGGCUUUUGGCAAAUAAAAUCAACUUUCAUAAAUAUAUCAUAAUAUGGAAAUAAAACAAGAAACUAGUGAGAAAACUUGUAAAAUAGAAACAAAUAAUGAGACAUGUGAUAAUUCCUUGGAUGCCUUCAAUCUUGAAAUUAAGGAAGAACCCAAGAGAGAAUGUGAGUACCAGAUAUUUGAUUAUUUAGACCCAAAUGAAUUCCAUGUAAAAACUGAAGUAGAACAAGAUGAACAUAAAUUUACACUAUUUGAAGAAAAGCAAACAAGUGAAGAAAGUUGUUCCCAGGAAGAGAAUCGAAUGAAAAGCAUGGACACGUUACAUUCAACUCAUGAAGGAAAAGAUACAGGUCAACACAGUGACGAAAAAAUAUUGAAUAAUAAAAAUAUGAUAGUUGCGACCGGACAACAAUCUUACAAGUGUGAAAUUUGUUUUAAGCAGUUUAAUCAAACAAACAGUUUAAAAAGACAUUUAAAGGUGCACACUAGGAAAAAACAAAGAUGUGAAAUUUGUUUUAAGCAAUUUAUUCAAGCAAGUCAAUUGAAAGCACAUUUGACGUUACACACUGGAGAAAAGCCUUACAAGUGUGAAAUUUGUCAUAAGCAGUUUACUACAACAAGUAAUUUAAAACAACAUUUGAAAUUGCACACUGGGAAAAAACCUCAUACGUGUGAUAUUUGUUUUAAGCAAUUUGUUAAAGCCCGUUAUUUGAAAACUCAUUUGAGAAUACACACUGGACAAAAGCCAUUCGAAUGUGAAAUUUGUUUUCGGCAAUUUAGCCAGUCAAGUGGUUUGAAAAAACAUUUGAGAGUGCACACUGGAGAAAUGCCUUACAAGUGUGAAAUUUGUUUUAAGCAAUUUAGUCAUGCAUUCAGUUUGAAAAUACACUUACAAAAGCACACUGGAGAGAAGCCUUACAAGUGUGAAAUUUGUUUUAAGCGAUUUAAUCAAUCGAAUGAUUUGAAACAACAUUUGAGGGUACACACUGGAGAAAGGCCUUAUAAGUGUGAAAUUUGUUUCAAGCAAUUUACUCAAGCAGACGGUUUAAAAAGACACUUAAAAAUUCACACUGGAGAAAAGCCUUACAAGUGUGAAAUUUGUUUGCAGCAAUUUACUCUAGCAGGAAAUUUAAAAAAGCACUUAAGAAUUCACACUGGACAAAUGCCUUACAAGUGCGAUAUUUGUUUCAAACAAUUUAGCCAAUCAAAUGAUUUGAAACAACAUUUGAGAGUACACACUGGAGAAAAGCCUUACAAGUGUGAAAUUUGUUUCAAACCAUUUAGUCGUGCAUUCAGUUUGAAAAUACACUUACAAGUGCACACUGGAAAAAAGCCUUACAAGUGUGAAAUUUGUUUUAAGCAAUUUAGUCAAUCAAAUGAUUUGAAGAGACAUUUGAGAGUACACACUGGAGAAAAGCCUUACAAGUGUGAAGUUUGUUUUCAGCAAUUUACUCAAGCAUCCAGUUUAAAAAAACACUUAAGAAUUCACACUAGAGAAAAGCUUUAGGUAGGCCGCACACAUCAAAGAAAUGGAAAACAUGAAACAAAUAAGUUGUGAAAAAAGUAACCAUUUCAUGUGAUAUACUAAUCGAAGAAACAAAAAUAAAAUUUAUAUACUCGACAAUGGAAAGUGAUGACGAGGUCGUUGCUGUUGUGGAAACUCUUUUAUUACUGUCCAAAAAUCAUAAAGAUAGUACCUACAUAUUUGGUUACAAACGAAUUAAAUAAUCAUCUUGCCAAAUUUCAAUCAUUUUAUAGAAAAAGUCCUCAAACAUUGACAAUGUUUUAUUGUGGGUCCUGGUUUAAAGAAAAUCGAUAUUUUCUUGUUUUUGUCUAUUCGAGUACCCGGUUAUAGUUGUACAACUCUUUGUUCUGCUCCACCACAGAAACCAAUGCAAUAUUAAAUUCUUGGUCGGCAUUCAUUUACGCACGUAAUUAAUUGUCCAAAACAAUGAAACUGAACACGACCUAUUUCAUGAAAUGUUUCAAGAAGAUAAAAAUGUUUCAUGAGCAUGAAUCAGUCUCGUUUCAUUGGUAGGCGGACUUCUAUUUGUUUAGCAGUGUUUUAUUUUCAUGAAACAUGUUUUACGUUUCAUGAUUCUUUGGUGUACGGCUUCCCUUACAAGUGUGAAAUUUGUUUGCAGCAAUUUACUCAAGCAGGCAGUUAAAAAAAAAGAAUUUCUUCACACUGGAGAAAUGCCUUACAAGUGUGAAAUUUUUUUUUCAAGCGAUUUAGUCAUGCAUUCACUUUGAAAAUACAUUUACAAGUGCACACUGGAGAAAAGCCUUACAAGUGCAAUAUUUGUUUCAAACAAUUUAGCCAAUCCAAUGAUUUGAAACAACAUUUGAGAGUACACACUGGAGAAAAGCCUUACAAGUGUGAAAUUUGUUUCAAACCAUUUAGUCGUGCAUUCAGUUUGAAAAUACACUUACAAAUGCACACUGGAAAAAAGCCUUACAAGUGUGGAAUUUGUUUUCAGCAAUUUACUCAAGCAUCCAGUUUAAAAAAACACUUAAGAAUUCACACUAGAGAAAAGCCUUAGGUAGGCCGCACAUCAAAGAAAUAUGAAACAAAUAAAUUGUGAAAUAAUUACACUUUUAUAAAAAGGAACUUUUUUAUAAUAAAACCUUUUUCUUAUUUGUAGGAAUAGAAUUUAUAGAAUAUAAAAUAAUUUAAUGAUAAGAUGCUUAAAAUUCCAAAAAUUACACUCUAAUAAAAAAGUACUUUUUGUAAUAUCACGGUUUUGUCAUUGUACAUAUUAUAUAGGGUGAGGCAGAUAAAGGGCCUAUUAGAAAUAUCUCGAGAACUAAAGGCAACUGAAUUAUGAAAAUUGGAAUAAGGGGGUUUUGAAGACUGAUCU